CGAGAAAUAUCUGAUAGUUGCCCCUGCGCUGACACGGUCAGCCUCUCUCUCACUCUCUCUCCGGGCAGCUGUUCCAAACUCCAAUACUCCUCUUCCCUCUCUCUCUCUCUAGAGAGAGACUAGUGAAACACUACAUAAAUGUGAGCCUCUUGUUACGAGAGAGCGACCGAGGCCACCACCUCCAACGGAGGAAGAGGUGGCGCACGAUUGAGGGUAGAGGACCUCGCCGGAGAACGGUGGUGCGGUGACCGAGGAGAAGAAGGAGUAAGAAGAGAACGAAUAUGGGUCAGGGCCUGAGUUGCAGGGCGAGUCAUGAGCAUGGCCUCUUUACGGCGGUACAGUUUGGGGACUUGGACACCGUCGAGCUUAUUUUAGAGAGAGACCCAACUCUCUUGAACCAGACCACCGUCUACGACCGCCAUUCUGCACUUCAUAUAGCUGCUGCCAAUGGCCAGAUCGAGAUUCUAUCUAAGCUUUUGGAACGAUCUGUAAAUCCAGACGUGUUAAACCGUCACAAGCAGAGUCCGCUUAUGCUGGCUGCAAUGCAUGGCAAGAUCUCUUGUGUAAAAAAGCUCCUUGAAGUUGGAGCAAAUAUUUUGAUGUUUGAUUCUCUCAACGGAAGAACCUGUUUGCAUUAUGCUGCGUAUUAUGGCCAUUCAGAUUGCCUCCAAGCCCUUCUUUCUUCUGCUCAUUCCAGCCCUGUUGCAGUUUCUUGGGGUUUCGCUCGAUUUGUGAAUGUUAGAGAUGGUAGAGGAGCAACACCGUUACAUUUGGCAGCGCGUCAAAGACGCCCCGAAUGUGUACAUAUAUUGUUAGAUAAUGGAGCUCUUGUUUGUGCUUCAACCGGUGGAUAUGGCUGCCCUGGUAGCACUCCUCUUCAUUUGGCAGCCAGAGGGGGAUCUCUGGAUUGCAUCCGAGAGUUGUUGGCUUGGGGGGCUGAUCGUUAUCAAAGAGAUUCAUCUGGGAGAAUCCCAUACAUGGUUGCUUUGAAACACAAAAACGGAGCAUGUGCAGCUUUGUUGAAUCCUUCAUCGGCAGAGCCUAUGGUCUGGCCCUCGCCUUUGAAGUUCAUAAGUGAGCUUAAUCCAGAGGCAAAAUUACUGCUAGAACAAGCAUUGAUGGAGGUAAACAGGGAGAGGGAGAAGAACAUUCUCAAGGGAACUGCAUAUAUAGCUCCUUCUCCGUUACAUUCUGAUGUUGGGAUGGAUGAUAGUAUCUCUGAGGGCAGUGAUUCUGAGCUAUGCUGCAUAUGCUUUGAACAGGUUUGCACAAUCGAAGUCCAGAAUUGCGGUCAUCAGAUGUGUCCGCAAUGCACCUUAGCCCUCUGCUGCCACAACAAGCCAAACCCAACAACCGCAUGCCUAACUCCACCAGUUUGUCCAUUUUGUCGCAGCGCCAUCACUCGACUGGUGGUUGCAAAGAUUAAAAGUCAUGAUCUAGACGCUAAUCAAGAUGCAGGUGAUGUCAGUUCCUCCAAGCUAAGAAAGUCGAGGAGGUCACGAAACUUUAGCAACGAGGGUAGCAGCAGCUUCAAGAACUUAUCAGCAAUAGGGUCUUUUGGAAAGAUUGGUGGCCGUGGCUCGGGAAGGAUUGCUGCCGAGACUGAGUGGAUAGACAAGCCUUGAUUCUAGUUUUUUUUUUCAUGGGGAUAAUGCAACCAAGACGAUUUCAUUGGGUCAUCCAAGAAUUAGCAUUUGCUUUCCAUGUAGUUUGAAAUGAGAAGUCAAAUAGUCCAAGAAUUCAAAUGUCGUGGAAUGAUCCAUUAGAUAUGUGUAGAUAGAAAUACAUCUGUUUGUGUAGAUUUGAGAAAUAAGCAAAGCAAGCAAGCUGCAGCCUGCAGAGGUCUAGGGUGGUUCUUUUGUUGCAUGGUUCAUGUUAUAAUAUUUGUUUUCUUUAGAUUGAAGGAAAAUUGCUGGUUUUGUGGGUCUA